CUCACCAAGUAAACAACAUGUGAAUUUGUGAAUGAAACGAUGUCUCUCAACAUUUUACAAGGGCAGAGAGUAUGAUAAUAAUUUUGUGUAUUGAAAUUAAUUGAUACCGAAAUAGUAUAUGUUUUAGACGUUGUGGAAUAUAUAGGAGAUAUCAGGACAUAAUACCUCUCCAAAUCUAUUGUAUAUCUGCAUAGAAUUUACUUGACUAGGAAGAAAGAGAAUAAUCAAAAUGGGAUGUGACAUUGCUUCAAAGGACAUAAAUGUUGUUGUGUACAUUCUUGUUGCUGUAUUUGCUAUUUCAUCAUGGGUAGACAUCAAUGGUUUGUGGGUAGAGUUGCCAAUAUUGGUACAGAAGUUACCAGAACAAUGGAAUUUACCUUCCUACAUGGCAAUCAUUAUUCAAAUUGCCAACAUUGGACCUUUGGCUUUUACAAUUUCAAAUUAUUUCUGGCCAAGUAAGGUGAAAGAAACGCCUGUCAUUUAUGUCAUAAUUACAGUAGGCGCCAUUGCAUGCCUUCUUCUUGCCUUCUUUUGGAAUACAGUGACAAUGAUCGCAGGAAAUUUACAUAGCACCGCUUUACUAACUCUACAGUUCUUCCUGGCAAUAGUUGAUUGCACAUCAUCUGUGGCAUUUUAUCCUUUCAUGGCAUUAUUUAAACCGCAAUACAUGACAGCACUAUUUAUUGGAGAAAGCCUUAGUGGACUUUUACCAAGUAUGUUGGCGUUGGGACAGGGAGCUGGACAAAUGAAAUGUGUCAAUUCUACUUCUACGAAAAAUAUCACCAUCAAUGGAACUGUUGUUAAUAUGACUACAGAAUAUAAUGUGUUUCCAGUGUACGAGCAACCUAAAUUCUCAAUUGAAAUAUUCUUCUUUGUUUUGUUUGGCAUGAUGAUAUUAAGUGGUGUAGCCUUUACAUUGUUAAAUUAUUUACCAUAUUGCCAAAAAGAGCACUUGUCUGAAACAGACAGUAUCGGAACUAGUUCAGAUAUUGCUGAAACAGAAGACACAUAUGAACUCAGUGAUAAUCACGAUAGGUUUUUUAUAAAUGCUGCUAGCGAGAAUGAUUCUCAAUCUGCGUUACUUUCCGGGCGUGUAAAGAAACAGAUAGCCAUUCAGGGAGAAAAAACAGACCAUGUAAAUGAAAAGACGUACGAACAAACAAUAUCAGCGUUUCGAUUUACUGUUUUAGCUAUGAUGACAGCUUGGAUAAAUGCUCUUAUGAAUGGGACAAUGCCUUCAAUACAGGCUUAUUCUUGCCUUCCUUAUGGAAAUGAUCCCUAUCACUUUGCAGUAAGUUUGAGUAACAUUGCCUGUCCCUUAUCUUGUUUUCUGGCAUUUUUUGUUCAAGUGACUUCAUUAAGUAAGCUGCUGAUUUUAACACUAGUUGGAAGUGGAUUUGCUAGCUAUAUUAUGGCUAUGGCUGUGAUGAGUCCAUCACCUUUAUUAAUUGAUAAACCAGCUGGUGCACCGUUAAUUGUGACGGCAUGGGUCUUGAUGUCAUUCAUAUUAACUUACACUAAAGUGUCUGUGGCAUCAGGCUUUCGUAUUGGUGGAAGAAAAGCAUUAUUAUGGUGUGGUGUAUUUACACAGAUUGGGUCAGCAGUUGGAGCAUUAGUUAUAUUUAUCUUGAUCAAUGUUCAACAUUAUUUUCAACAAGCAGAAAUGUGUAAAUCUUGAUAAAAUUGAUAACAUUAUUCAAUAUUUAUUUCCAUCUACAUUAUAUCAUAUAAUGAUAGGUUGAUUGAUUUGAAUUAUCAAUGAACUUGUUGCACUUGCAGAAGCUGUCUAAGAUUUAGCAAGGUACCUUUUGAUAAAAGUUGAUUUAUGCUUGCUAUGUGUAAAAAUAGUCCAAAUACAUUAGCUUACAUUACAUGUAAGUUUUAGCUCACAUAUGUGGGGUUGUUUGUAUGCGAUCUUUGAAUGUGCUUAACAUGACUAGGUUACACAAAUCUUUGAAGGAAUUCCAUCAUUUUGUUGCAUGAGUGAUGUCAUCAUCACAACGAUCACUUACCACUGUAUCUAGGCACUCACAGACUUACAAAAAACUGUGAGUUUGUAUUACUGCGAAAAAGUACCUCAGAAAUUCUGAUAGUUGUACAACCUGUUGUAUUUAAUUGUCAGAUGACUGAAAAUGCUAAAGACUGAGAAUUUACCUGACCUGUACAUGUAG